AUGCAGUCGAUGUACCUGUCUGUCGUGGUAAAGAAGGAGGGUGAGGAGCUCGGCCACUCGGGAGAAGCUCAGAGUAGAGCCGCUGCUCCUCUACAUCGAGAGGAGCCAGCUAAGGUGGCUCGGGUAUCUGUUACGGAUGCCUUCUGGACGCAUUCCUGGGGAAGUGUUCUGGGCACUUCCCACCGGGAGGAGGCCUCGGGGAAGACCGAGGACACGCUGGAGGGAAUUGCAGUGGUGGUGAAGAUCAGAAUGACUCUUUCUCUUCCUAUCAUCUUUCUGCUCAUGAUUUCUGCUCUUCAGGUAAAGGCAGCACAGCUGGUGCUGGAGAAACAAACAGUCAAUCUGACCUGUGAAACCACAUGCAAUCUGACAGACAGAUUCAUCUGGUACAAAAAUGGACAGACUUUACACAUCCAGAGUAAAACUCUCCAGCUUCAGUCUGAGCGCAGUGAUUCUGGUCAUUACAGCUGCGCCGCCAGAGGACAUGAACAUCUGCACUCUCCUGCUGUCAGCAUCACUGCUAUGUAUCCUCCACAGAGCGUCUCGGUGUCCAUCAGUCCGUCUGGUGUAAUAGUGGAGGGAGAUUCAGUGACUCUGAGCUGCAGCAGUGACUCAAACCCUCCUGCUCUCAUCUUCAGAUGGUUUAAGGAGAAUCAAAGCUCAGCUGUUGGAUCUGGACAGAGUUUCAUCAUCUCCAGCUUUAACUCGAGACACAGCGGACGCUACUCUUGUGAGGCUCAGAAUCAACACGGAUCUCAGAGAUCAGACUCUGUUUCAGUCGCUGUUGAAGGCUAG